AUGGGUCUGCUCUUACCCCUGGUUCUCUGUGCCCUGGCUGCAUGUUGUGGGGCAGUGUCUCUGCCUCAGCAGUACCCCAACCCCUCACCUCUGCUCUCCCGGGGUUGUAACAACUCCGAUGUGCUGGCAGUCGCAGGCUUUGCCCUGCAGGACAUCAACAAUGACCGAAAGGAUGGCUAUGUGCUGAGCCUCGACCGAGUGAACGAUGUCCGGGAACACAGACAGGAUGGCCUGGGCUCUCUGUUCUACCUCACGCUGGACGUGUUGGAGACUGACUGCCAUGUGCUCAGCAGGAAGGCGUGGAAGGACUGUAGGGUGAGGAGCCUUCAUCAGUCGGUUUAUGGUCAAUGCAAAGCAAUGUUUUACAUUAACAAGCCAGGAAGAGUUCUCUAUUUACCUGCUUUUAACUGUACUCUUCGCCCAGUUUCCCGAAGAAAAAUUCACCGUAUGUGCCCUGACUGCCCCAGCCCCACUGACUUGUCAGAUCCCAGGGUUUUGGAAGCUGCCACUGAGUCUCUUGCAAAAUUCAACAACGAAGGCACCUCGAAGCAGUAUUCUCUCAUCAAAGUCACCAGGGCUUCUAGCCAGCCUGUUGGUCUUUGCAAAGGUUCUCUGGUUCAAACCAGAGAAAAGUUGGUCUCUGUGACGUGUGACUUCUUUAAAUCACAGGCUACAGCCCCUGGAGGUGAAAAUUCUGCUGUUAAUCAGGAACAUGCAAGCCUCCCCAAGGUAGAAGAUUCCCAGAAGAAAGACACAACCCACACUGACUCCCCCUCCAAAGCUGUGCCAAGAGGGUCUGUCCAAUAUCUCCCUGACUUGGAUGAUGAGAAGCCUGAAGAUUCCCAGGAAAAGGGCCCUCAUGAGGCCUUCCCUGUGCAGCUGGAUCUAACCACGAAUCCCCAGGGAGAUACCCUGGAUGUCUCCUUCCUCUUCUUGGGGCCUACAGAGAAGAAGCUGGUUGUCCUGCCUUUCCCCAAAGAAGAACAACGCUCUGCUGAGUGCCCAGGACCAGCCCAGAAGGCCAUCCCUCUUGUCCUCCCACCAUGACAAUUACAUAGAGGAUUCCAUGGGGCUGUGGUGCGCUGCAUGAGAUGAGAGUUGGUAGGGAUGGGGAGCAGAGAGAUAGAGUGCAAAUGUAGAGAAUGGCUAAUAAAGUAUGUCUAGUUGA